AACUCUUGACCAUAUAUAUGUAUGUAUGACAUACAUUGAGUUAGGCGUAUACAAUAAAAUUUGAAGUCAAUGUUUUGAACUCUCUAGCUAAAAUGCAACCACCAUGUUCUGGAGGAACAUCAUCACAACCCUGCUUCAAUGGUUGUUUUCCAUCUCCAUUUCUUGCCUCUGAGAAUUCCCAUGAUAACACUUCCAAUUCAAAUAGUGUCAGUAGAAUUGAUGACUUAUCCUCAGCCACAUCUUCAAGUCUUUACCCCAACACACAUUUCACAAACCAUGAAUCUCUCCCACUUUUACAAGACUCAUAUAAUAACUUCAUCAAAUCAUUCCCUCAAUUUUCCACAACUUCUCAAGUAGAUCAAAUUCGAGAUCAAGAAUAUCAACACUUGAAUAAUCUCUCCAAUACAUGUUUUGAUUACACUGGUUAUGGUCUUUUCUCUUAUGCUCAGCAGAACCAAAAAUCAUGUUCUUCUUUAUCUUCUUCAUCGUCUACUCGUUACUUGAACUUGGAACAAUCGUUCUUUGAUGUAUCGAUUAAGUCAAUGAAUUUGAAGUCACAGAUACUCUACCGAGGACACGAAUCCGAACUAGAGUCAAGAAUGAGAGAAAGAAUAAUGACAUUUAUGAAUGUCUCUGAAAACGAUUACGCCUUAGUUUUCAUUGCUAAUGAGGUAUCUGCUUUUAAACUUGUAGCUGAUUCAUUCCUAUUUCAAUCUAAAGGAUCAGAGCUUCUCACAGUGUAUGAUCAUAACAAUGAGGCAUUGGAAAUGAUGAUUGAUAGUUGCAAGAAGCAAGAGGUACAGAUUUUAUCAGCAGAAUUCACAUGGCCUAAUUUAGGAAUUGAAUGGAGAAAACUAAAGAAGAUGGUAACAUGUAAAAAGGAGAAGAGAAAAGGUAGUUUAUUUGUUUUUCCACUUUAUUCAAAGGUUACUGGAUCACCAUAUUCUUAUUUUUGGAUGUCUUUGGCACAAGAAAAUGGUUGGUGUGUAAUGCUUGAUUUAUGUGCAUUGAGACCAAAAGAAAGAGACACUUUAGGUAUGUCUAUGUUUAAACCUGAUUUUAUGGUUUGUUCAUUUUACAAAAUAUUUGGUGAAAAUCCAUCUGGGUUUGGUUGUUUAUUUGUCAAAAAAUCAAGUAUUUCUUCUCUUAAAGAUUUAGGAAAUGCUACAAGCAUUGGAAUUAUAAGUCUUGUUCCUACAUUUGCACAAUGUCACACUUCUAGCUCUCAUCAAAACGAGAGUGCACCGCCAAACGCUGAAUUAUUAGGAUUCGCUUCUCCUGAGAACCAGAGGGAUAAGACUAAAGAAGAGCAAAAUGAGGUAUCAUCAUUAUCAGAAAUUGUGGAGUUACAAGGCAUGGACAUGAAUGAUGAAAGAUUGGAAAUUGAGUGUAGAGGAUUAGACCACGCAGACUCAGUGGGACUAAUAGUGAUUAGUACAAGAACAAGGUAUUUGAUUAAUUGGCUUGUUAAUGCAUUAAUGAGUCUUCAACAUCCACAUGAUGAAAAUAGAUUUUCAUUAAUUAGAAUUUAUGGGCCAAAAAUAAAUUCUCAUCGUGGACCUACAGUGGCAUUUAAUAUAUUUGACUGGAAAGGAGAAAAGAUUGAUCCAACACUUGUGCAGAAGUUAGCUGAUAGGAAUAAUAUCUCUCUAAGUAGGUCCUGUUUGAAAAAUAUCAAGUUCUUAGAUAGGAACCAAGAAGAGAGGGAAUUGGCCUUGGAAACUAAAACAAAUGAAGUUGAAAAGUUUGGCAUCUCCAAGAAGAAAAGUGGCUCAAAUGAGUCUAGGAUAUUGGUUUUGACUGCAACAUUGGGCUUCUUGACAAACUUUGAAGAUGUUUAUAGGUUAUGGACUUUUGUUUCUAGAUUCCUUGAUGCUGAUUUUGUGGAAAAAGAGAGAUGGAGAUACAUUGCUCUAAAUCAAAAAACUAUUGAAGUGUGAAUUUGUUGUUACUUUCUGUUUUGUUAUCAACUCAUAUUCUUUAUGGUUAUUUUAUUUUAGGAUAAAAAUAAAACUCUUGCAGAUUUGAGUUGUAUGUUAUAUUUUGCAUGAUAAUUGAGUAACAUACCCUCCAA